AUGCAGAACUCAAAUUACCUGUUUCAGAAGCCCUUUAGCGCAAGCACAGAGAACCUAUCGUUUGGCUCGGUCAACAAUUUGUCGCCAAGUCAUCAAGCAACUUUGAACCUCAAUUCGUCAACAUCGAUACGCAGCAACAGUGACACUAAUAUUAACUUCAAUGCUAUCCUUUCAUCGCAGGACCCACAUACUUUUCCCAAUACAGUUGCUUCUCCGUUGUUUAGAAAUAUGUCGACAACUGAUAUCAACCUAACUGAUUCAACAACAAAUAGAAAGCCAGGAUACAUAAUAAAACUGUUCGAUCUUCCACAAGAUAUAACGCAAAGAGAGGCAUAUGCAAUCUUUGCAUUAGCAUCAGGAAUCAAAGAAAUUCAGUUUAUAAAUUCAAAGGUUUCAUCUUCUAAGAAUUCCUCUCCUUUAAAACCUGAUACAAUUAAUGAAGCAGAAAACACCCGUCAACAAACUGUCAAUGGUAAUCUAAUAAUAGCUAAAUUGGAUUCUUUGCCACUAGCAAUACAGUAUGCAUCUAUAUUAAACUCAAAAACUAGUUUAUUUGGUUCCAAAUUUCCAUCUUCGUGUAGCGUUGAAGUGAUAGAUACUUUAACAAACCAACAGAUAUCAAUUUCUAAGGGAAAUCCAACUUCUCAAAAGCCAUCAGCGUCCCCUCAACAUACACAAAAGAGGCCAAGUGUUUUACAAUCAGCUGGAGGUGCAGGUUCCAGGUUUUCAUUUAACGAUCCAUUUUCAAGUGAUUAUAAUCAGUUCACAAUACCGCAGUCGGCUUCAUCUCAACAACAGCAGCCUCUACAAUCAAAUACUAUAAAUAGGUCGUUCCUUUCUUUAGAGCCAAAGGACAUCAACGAAAACAUAUGGAAUGCUACGAAUGAUAUUCCUUCCAGUAAUAGUGGAUUCGCUCCUAUUUCAAAACCAUCAACUCCAACCGUGGAAUGGGGAGCACCCAGUUCUUCUAGAAGUCAAAGCACAACCUUUUUUGAUAUUACCCAUAACAAUGUAAAUAGACAAAUUCCUACAGGGUCACAACAACAACAGCAACAGCAACAGAUGCAAUCAUUUAAUCCUGUGAAUAUGAAUACAUCUCUUCCUGAAUCAGUGAAUCAACCACAGUUAUUAAAUCCAGGUCAAACAUUUGGGCAGAAUGGUACUAACGAUACAAUGGAUCAGAAUGCUUUGGCUUCAGGACAAAUGCUGCAUGGGAAGGACAAUAAGCUAGCUUCCAAUAUGAUGAAUCCCAUAGAUAUCUCCUUACUAGCUCGUAUUCCACCUCCUGCAAAUCCUGCUGAUCAAAAUCCACCUUGUAAUACUCUAUAUGUAGGAAAUCUACCGGCAGAUUGUACAGAACAAGAAUUAAGAUUAUUAUUUUCAAACCAACCAGGAUUUAAAAGAUUGUCUUUUAGAAUUAAGAAUUCAAAGUUAAAUCCUUCUAGUUCAAACACAAAUGCAAGUAUAAUGCCAAGUUCAUCUGCUGCUCAUGGCCCAAUGUGCUUUGUGGAAUUUGAAGAUAUUUCUUAUGCUACCAUGGCACUUGCUGAAUUGUAUGGUGCUCAAUUACCAAGGGCUACUACAAGUACCAAAGGUGGUAUUAGAUUGAGUUUUUCAAAGAAUCCAUUGGGUGUUAGAGGUCCUAACAAUAGAAGAAAUCCAAAUGCAGCUUCAACGCAUAAUAAUAUCCCUACUUCCCUUUCGUCCAAUAUGGUUAACAAUAAUCCAAAUAAUAGUUUUACUGGUUAUGGAAGGUGA